CCACGCGACCCCCGUGCCCCAACACAGCAAGCCUGGGUCUAGAGACAUGCACAGCUCCCAGACAGACGGCAACAGAGGAAAUCAACAAAGCAGCAAACCCCAGAGCUGUUAGACGGCAGCUCUCAUCACCAACCGGGACACUGACAGACCUGUUGGUACGAUAAAACCUGGAAACAUGAAGUCCCUGCGAUUCAUUGCUGCUGAGGGCUUCACCCAGAGCGGUCCGAAUGCUCUGGAGAACCUCAACUGUGUGUCCUUUAACCUCUACCCACUUCUCUUCAAGGCCUGCUACCUCCAUGAGCAGGCAGACGUGCUGCAUGCUCUGGUCCAGGCAUGGCCUCUCCCUGUGCUCGACCUACACAGGCUCCUGGGAGGGACAGUCGACUGUCAGAUGGACCUCACCUCCCGCACCUGCCGGCUUUGUCUGGAGGCGAUUAUAACCGGCUUAAAGGAAUAUGUGCUGUCUCCCCCAAGAACCUACGCCAAGAGCCUGCAUGUGGUGGACCUGACCGCCCUGAGGGACGUCGAGCACCAGGCCUGCCCCUGUAAGUCCACUAUGGGUCGAUGGGCCAGAACACAGCUCCUGUCCCAAAUGUGCUACGAGACCAUGGUGGCCAUGCAAACCAGCGACGUGUCCCACUCCGCCUUUGAAACAUCCAUCGAUGUCCGUCUGAACGGCUUCGUCACGGGCCGCAACUACGAGCUGGUGGCUCAAGCCUUCCUCCUCCUCCGCUACUCUCCACUGAAGCUUCGUUUUGUUAGUUUCCGGGCCGACUCCCUCACUCUCAAGCAGCUCUUCUAUGUUAUUCGCCUGGGAGACCCUGGGUCCAUUUCAAAGCUGGAGGUGGUCCACAAUGUUCCCGUGGAGGCCCCACACCUGGAGGUGUUGCUAGCCAAGGUGGAGUUCCCCAAAUUACAGUCUUUGACCCUGCCAGCCGGGGCGUUGGACGUUAGGAGGUUGGGCUCCGAUGAUGAUGAUCUGCUGUCCCUCAUCGGCAACCUGCUGGCAAAACUGGGCAGCCUGACUGAGCUCUGUGUCGGUUUCUCCACUCUAACUGGACACCUACGCAGGCUGCUCAAUCCUCUCAACACUCCGCUGCAGUGCUUGGAGUUGGCCAACUGCUGCCUGAACCGCUUGGAUAUGACGUACCUGUCCAACAGCCUCCACAGCGAGUUCAUGGUCCGUCUGGACAUCAGCGGACACGACAUCUUUGACUCUUUCCCUACCUGUUUCCACAAACUGCUCAGCCGUUGCUCAGCCACGUUGGUCAGUCUGUCCGUCGAAGAAUGUAACAUAACGGAGGAGGACAUAGUUGCCUUCACUGAUGCUCUGGCUCGCUGUCAGAUGCUGGAGGAGCUCAAACUGCUGGGAAACCCUCUGACCUCUGCAGCCCUGCGGAGGUUAUUCUCCACGCUAUCUGCGGGUUUUCCUAAGUUAAAAUACAUAGAGCUACCAGUUCCCCGUGAGUGCUACUCUGAGGAUGUCACUUAUCCUCUUGAUGAUUCGGACCUAAUGCUGUACAACCAGGAGUUGUUUCAGGAGGUCAGGGGCCAGCUGGUGGGGAUCCUGGAAGCAGCUGGUAGAGGGAGUGUGGAGGUGUGCACCCCACUCAUGGGGGCCUACGACCCAGACAUUAAUGAAACCAGCAACGAGCUGGGAGUGUCCAUGUUAAAAUCUUUUAACAACGUCAUUGGGAACUUUAUUGGUAGCAUAACUGAUGUGGACAAUAGGAGAUCACAGGCUCAGAAAGAGAAUUAAUGGGGUUGCCUGCGGAGGGAUCAAGUAAAUGGACUGACAGAAAAGGGUUAUGAACUCAGGUUGUUUACACAAAUCUGUGAAAAACAGACCUUAUGUUCUUAGGCUAUUCUAAAUUAGAUAGCUAUAUUUAUUUUAAUGUAGUGCUAGUAUAGAUAGCUGGCAACCUGUCAUCACUGUUCCCAUGCAUCACUGAAGGCCAACACUGUGAAAAUAGAUCUCGUAAACUAGACUGUGGAUUAACAUCAUAUACAUGACUUCCAUUCCUGACGAGAUAUUGUCUCAACAGAGGAUCACUGUUUUCUUCUAAGUGCUUCCUAUAGUCUGUAAGUCAAACAGAUGUGCAGUGCAGAUAGAUGUAGCUACUGUAGUGGUUAUGGUAGAUACUUGAAGUUUGAUAUUUUCUUACCUGUAUCUAUUGUACAUGUUCUUAUGACUAUUCUGGUUUAAAUGUUGUAUAUAACUGGAUUUGUAAAUGUAAACAGCACAAACAGACCAGAAUUUAACUAACUGUUUCAUUUUGACAUACCAAUAAAUCAAAUCUUUGAAUAGUCUAUUAUCCAUACAUAAUAAAAAAGUGACACUUCCA